AUGACACAUGGGAACAGAAAGCCCAAGACAGAGGAGCAUGGCGAACAGCUGUACAUAAGGGUGCUGAAGCAUAACCCUUCAAAGUUCCUUACCGUGGUAUUCUCUAUUCUCAAUCAACCAUUAGACCAUAUAAAGGCAUGUUACUCCGAUCCGUGUCAAAAUGGUGGAUCGUGCAUGGAAGAACUAGAUGGCUACAGCUGCUCCUGUCUUGAAGCUUAUCGUGGAAAGAAUUGUCAGAUCCCAACAUGUUAUUCCAAUCCUUGUCAAAAUGGUGGAGCGUGCAAGGAAGACUCGGAUGGCUAUAGCUGCUCCUGUCUUGAAGCAUAUCGUGGAAAGAAUUGUCAGAUCCCAACAUGUUACUCCAAUCCGUGUCAAAAUGGUGGAUCGUGCAAGGAAGAAUCGGAUGGCUAUAGCUGCUCCUGUCUUGAGGCAUAUCGUGGAAAGAAUUGUCAGAUUCCAAAAUAUCUGAGGGUGCUGCUUUUUGACAAUUAUACCCCAGCACUUUGCUUUCCGUGA